AUGAAGGUUGUGGAAACCAUUUCAGCCUUUGAGGUUUUCUUUCUGCUGGUUCUGGUCACUUCAAGUUAUGGAAUACAGAGAGCACCCCGUAUCAUCACCCUAUUGGAGACAGUGGAUGUACUACUGGAUCACAACGCCACCUUCAUCUGUGAGGUGGAGUCCCGUCCAGCUGCUGAGAUCACUUGGACCAAGAAUAACCACCCAAUAAUGUACUAUGACCACCGCUACAUCACUAAGGAGCGGGGACAGAUGCUAAUCGUCCCUCACGUCAGAGAGACAGAUAAUGGCGAGUACUGCUGCCUGGCCAGUAACGGCAUCGGAGAGGCAGCCAAGAGCUGCGGAGCUCUGCAGCUAAAGAUGAAGCCACAGAUCAAACGCCACCCCACUAAUGUAACCCUGCUGGUGGAAUCCAAAGCAGUGUUGCCCUGCGUUACCCUCGGCAACCCUAAACCAGAUGUCACCUGGCUCAAAGAUGAUGAGCUUAUUAAGAUCACUGAGCGUGUCACCAUUCUUGACUAUGGUGCUCUGAAGAUCCAUAACAUCCAGAAGGAGGAUGCAGGACAGUAUCGCUGUGUGGCCAGGAAUAGCUUUGGUUUGGCCUUUUCAAAGCCUGUCACCAUAGAGGUGCAGGCUCCAGCACGAAUCCUGCGGGUUCCUAAAGAGAAGAGAGUCGCGUACGGCAGCCAGAUCUCCCUGGAGUGUAACGCCACAGGAAACCCCAUCCCCACCAUCACCUGGCUGGAAAAUGGGAAUACUAUCUCAGGUGCAUCAGUGGAGGAGACUUUGAUAGGAGAGGUGAUCCUGUCUGUUCUUAAAGUGACGGUGAAUAAACCGGCUCUGUAUACAUGUCUGGCCUCCAACAGACACAGCGCUGGAGCCAACACCGUCAAAGCUACUGCUAAAGUCACUGUAGCAGAGUGGAGACUCUACAAAGGCGUGGCCGGCUACUGCAGCGCGUACCGUGGAGACGUGUGCCGCACCAUCCUGCGAGAUGAUUCGCUGGUCUUCUUUAACUCGUCCCUCUCGGACCCCGAGGACAUGCAGGAGUACCUGGUCCAGAGCUGGUGGACGGAGCUGGAGGGACUCAGCGUGCUGUGCAGCCCUGCAGUCCGCUCUCUGCUCUGCCACGCCUCCUUCCCUGACUGCAACCCCUCAGGGUUAGGACCGGCCCCUAAACCUGUCUGCAGGGAGCACUGCCUGGCAGUGAAGGAGCUGUACUGCCAUAAGGAGUGGAUGGUGCUGGUGAGCAGCAGCUCAGUGCAGCCUGGCUUCCUCAGCUCUGUUACUGGUUCCCACAGUCCCAGUCCACUGCUGCCCAACUGUCAGUCCUUACCCAGUCUCCGUACAGACCCUGAUGCCUGUACACAUGUCCCCUUUGUAGACAUCAAGAAAGAUGAAAUUACGACAACGUGUUAUAAUGACAGAGGCCGUUUCUACCAAGGCAGCGUGAAUGUGACGAGGUCGGGGAUAUCGUGUCAGUCAUGGAGCCAACAGGUUCCCCACCAGCACCGUCUGUCUAUGGAUGUGAUUCCAGAGUUGAAGAACUCCAACAACUACUGCAGGAACCCAGGCGGAAUCAGUGACAAGCCCUGGUGUUACACCUCAAAUCCCAACAUUCGCUGGGAGUACUGUGCUGUGCCGCACUGUGGCGAGAUAAUUGAAACAUCAGUGAUGAAGCCAGAGUCGACAGGCCCUCGUCAGAUCACUCGUCUCCCUCCCACCACCACAGUAUCAUCCCCGGCUUACUCCAUGUCCGUCAUCGUCAUCAUCCUGACUACACUCGCCGCUGCAGUCUUCGUCAUCAUCAGCAUCCUCGCCUGUCGCAGACGGAGGAAGCAGUGGAGAAACCGGAAGAGGGCGAUGGAGACCCCAACACUGAGCGCUCUGCCAUCAGAGCUCCUGCUGGAUCGACUGCACCCCAACCCCAUGUACCAGAGGGUCCCCCUGCUGCUCAACUCCAAGCUGCUGGCCCUCGAGUACCCCCGGAACAACAUCCAAUAUGUUAGAGAUAUCGGAGAAGGGGCCUUUGGACGAGUUUUCCAAGCCAGAGCACCAAGCCUGCUGCCGAUGGAGUCGUUCACCAUGGUGGCUGUGAAGAUGCUGAAGGAGGAAGCCUCAGCUGACAUGCAGAACGACUUCCAGAGAGAAGCAGCACUAAUGGCUCAGUUCGACCAUCCCAACAUCGUACGCCUCUUAGGUGUGUGUGCGGUGGGUAAACCCAUGUGUCUGAUGUUCGAGUACAUGGCCCAUGGUGACCUCAACGAGUUCCUGCGCCGCCGCUCCCCUUCCCAAUCGGUGCGGACCCUCAGCCGAGCCAGCCUAUCAGGUCGCAGUUUUUCCUCCGAGCUGGAGGCGGGACUUCUCUCCUGCGCCGAGCAGCUGUCAAUCUCCAAGCAGAUCGCGGCCGGGAUGGCGUACCUGUCCGAGCGAAAGUUCGUCCAUCGUGACCUCGCGACCCGAAACUGCCUGGUUGGCGAGGAAAUGGUGGUGAAGAUCGCAGACUUCGGCCUCUCCAGAAACAUCUACUCAGCUGAUUACUACAAAGCCAACGAGAACGACGCCAUCCCCAUUCGCUGGAUGCCCCCCGAGUCUAUCUUCUAUAACCGCUACACCACUGAAUCAGACGUUUGGGCUUAUGGCGUGGUGUUGUGGGAGAUUUUCUCCAAUGGGAUGCAGCCGUACUACGGUAUGGGUCAUGAGGAGGUUAUUUACUAUGUGAGGGACGGUCACAUCCUCUCAUGUCCUGAGAACUGUCCUCUGGAGCUGUACAACCUGAUGAGGCUCUGUUGGAGCACACACCCAUCAGAUAGGCCCAGCUUCAGUAGUAUACAUCGGAUACUAGAGCGGAUGCAUCAAAGCGCACUGAGCACGAAUGUUGAGGCUGAGCCUGAGGCUGACUGCUAACCUGGGAACUUUUCACCCAAAAACACUGAAUUCUGAAGUGAUUUGAUGCCUGAAAACACCCUGACACUGAGCAUGCAUAGAUUACCCAAACAGUAAAGUGAUUUCAGUCAUUUUCCUUGCCCAAAUUGUCUUUUCAGGAGACCCAUACCAAACUUUUUUGUAUCAGAAACAGCUCUGAUACUUGCAUAUUGCUCAGUUC